AUGACGGUUGCUGCACCUCCAGUCCCUUCCACCACUCUGCAUGAGAAUGGUCCCGUCCAUGCUCACGGCCCCGUCAAUCCCAUGACGCUGCCUCGCUUCCAUCCUAUCGCCAUGAAUCCCAAUCAGCAUAUGCCCCCCGAUCCCGCCAUGCAACAUCACUUCCGUCCGUAUCCUCCUCCCCCGCCGCCGCAGCAACAUCCUCAUCUCCCUCAUUCGGCGCAGGAGCCGGGCCUGCAUCCGUCUCAUAUAGAGCACAUUGAAGCCCGGUUGAGGCAAUUGGAAAACGAAGAGGCGGUGCGUAUGGCUACGAGGAGUCAACUGCUUGCUAUUCGUAAGCGGGAGGAUGAGGAAUUUCGUCGGAUGACGGAGAAUGCAGAGGCUGAAGAAGAGGACCUCCGGAGACAACGGAAACGACUCAAGAGAGAAUCUAUGGGUAUUGGGGUAAAUGGAUCAAUGGACUCGCCGCCUCUGCGGCCAACACCUCCGCGUCGAUUGUCCGAAACGAAUGCUGCGACGACACUGGCGUUUUUCAAGCAGCAGACCCCUCCGGAUCCUCUCCAUCCUGCUGCUCCACAGGCUGCACCUUUACCGCCUCAGCCUCAUCAUCCGGCCCCCUUUGAUCCAUCAAGUGGCUCCAUCCGUAAAAAGCAGAAGUAUACGAUAAAAAACGUCGAAGCCUGGGGCGAACGUCACGGACGUCCCGCAGCUCAUGACCCCUCCGGCCGUGCACUGUGGAAACGUCCCUCGGAUGGAAACCUGGUCUACCUGACGUGCCCUAUCCCCGGGUGCGGGAAAGCGGACUUUGUUACACUGCAUGGCUUCAUGUGUCACCUGACCAAGAAGCACAAAGACCGUACUCUGGGAAGCCAGUCACGAGCCUUGGAAGUUUGUGGUGUAGUCUAUGAUCCGAAUGCCCCCCUGCCCCCCGUCCGGAUGGUGCAGCGGGCCUCUACAGAAGAAAGCAGGUUGGAAUCCAACCAGGCAGACGGCGACGGAUACCCGCAGGAAAUGGAAUAUUCGACAGGCUCUGAUGAGGAAGAGGAUCAAGACAUGUAUGCGGUUAAAACAGAAGCCGCAGAUAAUCCGGAGCAGCAGACACGGAUAGAACAGUCUAUCCCCGCAUUGCCCGCCGCGGCACCAUCUAAUACGAACGGGUCGAUCAAGCAGUCGAUUUCGUCUAUUAUUGAUAAUCCUGAAUCGACGGCACCGCCGCCAUCUAGCGAGACGCCAGCAUCUGCUUCCCAGGAGCAGACCACACCAGUCAAGGAGAAGAUCGAACCGACCGAGCCUUCUUCAGACCGAGAACCGAGUGAAACCAAAGAAGCCGAGGUAAAAACCGAGGCAAAAUAA